UUAAGUCAGGAAAAGUUUGUGAACACGGUUAGCAUAAUAAUGGCAAAGUGGUUUGUUUGCUUCAACGAUCAAGCAAAGUAAAGUAGUUUGCCGAAGUUGAAACAGCAAGAUCGGGUUCCCUUCCGUGUACAGUUUGGUAUGGUCUCUUUUUAGAGUCCUAGUUACAACAAAUCUGGAAUGCGUUAGUCUGGGAAACGUGGAUGAAACAUACCUGAAUGUUCCUCUGUGAAACUUGGGGAAGUUUGAGUGUGAAUCUGCCUUUGAUAUGAAUGCAGGUGAUAUGGAAGCCAAAGAGGAGAUCAGUGACACAGACAGUGGGAUUAUUCUGCAUUCUGGACUGGAUAGUCCUAUUAUUGUGGCCAAGGAUGCAAGUACACACACACGGGCUGUGAAGCUUAAACGGCAGUCAUUGCAGGAUAGGCUUGAGCUGUGUAUACUGGAACUGAAGAAACUCUGUAUUAGAGAGGCUGAGCUCACUGGAUAUUUGUGUUCUGACUUCCCUCUGUUGCCUGGAGAGAAACCUCCACAAAUACACAAGCGCAUUGGAGCUGCUUUUAAAUUGGAUGAGCAAAGCAUUCUGCACAAAAUCAAGGACUCAGAACUAUGCUCACUGGAGGCUAAGCUGGCCCUUCAGCAACAGAUCUACAUAGCAGCGAAUAGGUUGUGCCAUGAAGAACACCUGAGCAAGGCAGUAAAGAAAAGCAGAGUACAGCAGUGCAAGCAUGAGGAGCAGAAACUAAAGGAGCUCCAAGAUUCUAUAUUCCGAUUACGCCUUGAACACAGCCACUCCUCACCACGAUCUAGUAUAAUCAUACAAAAAUAUCAUGGCACUUUGGAUAAUAGUUCAUUGUCAGACUCUGCAGUGUUGGAUGAAGAGCUGACAAGCCAGUCAUCCCAGGCUUCCUCAGAGUCCCCUUCCAUUACAGAGCUUCAUUUUGUGGCACCAGGCCCUUCCCAUAUUUGUCCACAUCCCUCUGUUCCACCACUUUAUCCCUCUGAGCCAAGAUCCAGCCCCCAUCAACCACCUCUUGAGAAUUUGCACUCCUGUCACAGCCCCUUGCUGGAGUAUGACCCUGCUCCUAUCCAGAAUUCACCUUGGAAAGAGUCUAGCCUUGAUCAGCCUUACCAGAAAGUGAAGAAAUCCAGUAUCGUUAGCUCCAGUCCUGCAGUUAUGCCUACACUGCCCCCAUUGGAAGCUUGUUUAGAAGAGAUCGACCAGAAACUGCAGAUACCCAAACAUACAGCACUGAGCCGCACACAGUCCAGCAGUACUCCCUCUACUCCAGAGAUGCAUCUACGAAGAGUACUAUCCAUCAGAGUUCCCAGUAGUGAUCCACCAAAUAAUGAAGAGCGAGACAGAGGGCGGUCACGCGGUGCCAGAAGACGACUGACGGAUGUUAUUCUGACAUCACCGGAGUACUCCUCUGUAAUGUCUAUGGGAAACCCAUUACAUUACUCCAGCUCAGAGGAUAGUUGCUCUGAGCACUCGUUAGCUACUUCCUACAAUAGCUCACCAUGCCAGGAGCUUUUAGCUGAGCCAGACCAGCUAUGCCAAGCACAGCACAGAUACCAAUACUCUAAUCACAUCUCAAUGCCAUACAUAACUCACAGCUACUACAAUUCUACGACCCAACUUUCCCCCAGACUCUACAGAGGCUAUGUAGAUGAAGGAACAGGCCAUGAUAUGGACUUGAGUAGAAUAUAUAUCAGGCGUCACCCUUCUCCUUGUACAAGUGGUCACUACGAGUACCGGUACGAAGGGGCACCACUAUACCAGCAAGGGGGAAGACGGAUUCCCCACAAUCUGAAGCUAUCCCGUGCCCCCUCACUCAAAGAGUACCCUCAGCACCCAAGCAGAACUCUCCCACGACAGGUGGUUUCACAUGAGCUGAAGUCAUGGCAUCAGCGCUGCCAGUUGCGGCCACGGUCUCUAGACAGACAGGGAGCAGUGCGUAGUCGGAACAUGCCCUUACAUGAGUCACCACUCUCUCAUCAACAUGACUUCUUUGAUCAGGUCCCCAAAAGGACUGUGGAUAGGACACCAGUGAACCGGUACAAAGAAGAAGACCAAGAGAUUGUAAGCCAGGUAUAGCAAAAGUACCCUGUGGGACAAAAGUCCUAUUUAUGUUUUAAUUUAUUGACUAAUAUAACUAAAAUAUCAGUGAUUGUAUCUGUAGUUUGGUUGAGCGUUUAUAUAAAACAUUUUAUAUAACGACA